CUUUUCGAAAUAAUUCUUUUAUUGUAGCUAUUAUCAAAUCUUUUCCAAAUUUAAAAUAUUUUGAUAUUUCUAGUAAUGAUAUCAGAGAUGAGGUUGUUGAAGUAGUAGCUAGUAUAUGCUAUGAAUUGGAAUAUCUUGAUCUUAGAGGAUAUAGAUUCAUUACUGAACUAUUAUCUAAUUCUGAAUCGUCUGAUACUUCUGAUUCUGAUCUGAUGACAACACACAGAGCAGGGGGUGAAAAUACAUCUAAUAAACAGAAUCUAGAAGAGAAUCCUAUAAGCUCAUAUCUGCUUCUAUCUAAUCCAAUCUUUACUGGAUUUUUAGGAAUCUCUAUGUGUAGUAAUAAACUUCUCAAGAAAAUUGGUAGCAUAAUUAGCAGAAAGUUGACUUCUAAAAAAAAAAAUAGUAAAUUUGUUAAAGAAGAAACUACAGCUCUACUUGGAUUUACUAUAAUCUUAUCUAUAUUUAUCUCUAAUAUAAAAAAUAACACCUGUCUUAGUAAUAAAAAAUCUAUCAUGAUUCUAACUGAAGUACUCAUAGAAAAAUCUAAUCCUAAAACACUUAACUAUAUUUUACUAAGUAAUAAUUGGUUUUAUAGUAGAAAGUAUAAUAAUGAUGAACUUCAAACAUAUAUAUCUGAAAUUGUAAUUAAUACAGAGGAUGCGUUUCCAAGGGCUAUAAUAUUAGUUAAUAAAAGAGAUAUUCAUGAUUUUUACAAAAUACUUCCUAGGAAAUCAAAAGAUUUAUUAUAUCGCAGAUUAAAUAUCUUUACAACUUCUGAUUUGAGUACUUCAAAUAUUGAUUUCAUAUCUAGUUUGAGAAUAGAAGUUAUAUAUAUGAAACACCCUAUUCUAAAGCGUAAAGUAAAAAGUAAAAUUAAUUAUCAAGCUUUAUAG